AUGACCUUAAAGCCCACAAUCAUCCUGGUCCCAGGCUGCUGGUACCCGACAGCGACCUACGACAAGCUCGUCGCGGCCCUUUCCACGCGCGGCCUCAAGUCCGUGCCCGUCGUCCUGCCCUCGUCCUCGACAGGCUCACGCGACGCCUCGUUCCUCGACGACAUCACGGCGGUACGCACCGUGAUCCUUGCCGAGACGACGGCCGGGCGAGAUGUCGUCGUCGUCGCGCACUCGUACGGCGGCAUGCCGGCGUACAGCGCUUCCAAGGGGCUGACAGUCGGCUCUCCGUCGCCGUUGACGGCCGCUGAGGGCGGCACCGGCAAGGUCAUCGGCUUCGUGCUCCUCGCUUCAGGCUUCAACCUCCCGGGCAUGUCGUUCCUGGAUCCGUUCGGCGGUGUUCCCCCGCCCACAUGGAAGGCCAACACGGAGACGGGGUUUGCCGAGCUCCUCGCCGACCCCGUCGACAUGUUCUUCCACGACCUGCCUGUGGAGGAGGCCAAGGCGUGGACCGCGCAGCUGGGGAAGCAGAGUCUCCUCGCCCUCUCCAAGGGCGGCGAGCACUCGUACGCAUCCUGGACCGAGGCGCCAAACUACUACGUCCUCACGGCCGAGGACCACGCGCUACCCCCGGCUCUCCAGCGUUUCGGCAUCGACUUUGGAAAGCAAAAGGGGGUGGACGUGACCGUCCACGAGCUCCAGACAAGUCACUCGCCCCAGCUCAGCAAGCCGGACGAGACAGCGGCCAUCAUCGCCGAAGCCGCGGACGAGUUUGUGGUAAAGAAGGCCAAGCGGACAGAGUGA